UAGCGCCCCCAAAACGAGCAAAAGCGGGCGCAGGCAGCAGGGAGCUCGAGCGCGCGGGGAGAAGCGGCGCUGGCCGCCUCGUCUCUCUGCCCCUUCGGCCGCUCGCCUCCGCAGGAUCGCUCCUUCCCGGCCCCUCCUGCGCCCUCGGGUUCCGGGGAACACCCUCUCUCGGAGCAAAGCGGAGAGGUUCGAGGCGCCGUGGGAGUGAAGCGUCGGGUUUCUUGACGUGCGCCCCCGCCAGCAAAAUGGGAAGUAACUGGCCAGGGCGGGGGCAAGAAACCGCCGGUGACAACGUCACUUAUUUUCACAAUGCGAACAACAGCAAUCAGCAAAAAUGAUUUGUUCUGACCAGGCAUGCGAGAAUAAAGGAAAACAGGAAAUAAAAAGCAGCCUUCAGCAGGGGAAAGAAAAUCAAGUGAGGAGGAGCACUUCAGAGUGAGGACAACCAAGUAGCGUGGCUCUCUGCUUACUUUGCUCUUACAAACUGUGGCUGAGGUUCACUGACCUGGUUCUACUGCUGAUUUUAACAGUUUUCCCGCUCAGGAAACAGGGAAACAAUGGACCAUUUGGUAUUUCAGGUGGCAGUUCUCUAUUCAGUGUUCUGUUUUAGCCUGUCGGAACGUGAAGGCAACCAUGGCCUUCAACCUGCAAACCUUACUUUUAAUGUUUCAUUGAACCUCCAUCUUCAGCAGAUAUUAGUGGAAUGGGAGGUUCCGGAUGAUUCUGAGUCCCAUCUCUCCGGAACAGAAAUGGUUUUUAACAUUGAAGUCUAUAGAACUGGAGAAAACAGGACUGUCAUCUCUGAUAAUUAUACAACAGUGCUCAAUAAAUCACAUCAGCCUCUAAAAUGGAGCUGGCAUUCUGAUGUGGCCUUGGAGUGUGUGGCUCACAGAGUAAGAAUCAGGAGCAUGAUGACUCCUGCUGAGGUCUGGAGUGAGUGGAGUCCAUGGAAAACGGUGGACGGCCUGGAUGUUUUGGACAAGGACAAGAGUUACAUUUUCCCAAUGGACAAGGUUGUUGAAGAAAAUUCCAGUGUCACACUUUGCUGCAUCGCCAAAAAAAACAAAAGAAUAACCACUUAUACAUUGUCUUAUGAUAUAAGGAAUGCGUUAAGUAAACCAGUGGAAACAAAGCAACGAAGACUAACAUUUACUGAAAAAAAUGUUCCUCAGAAUUCCUUCAUUCUGAUUUGUCAAUUCUCUGAUGCUGCUGACAAUCGUAUAUCAGAUGUUUUUGUAGACAGACAGCCUGAUGCACCCAAAGAUGUUUCCUGUGAAACACAUGACAUGAAGAGCGUAACAUGCACUUGGGACCCUGGCCAUCCUUCUUUGCCAAGAUGCUCAAAAAACUUCACCUUGUCAGAUAAUUCUUCUAUGAAGAUUUAUUGCAAUUGCAAUACUGUGGAGAAAUGCAGUAAUAGUUGUUCAUUUGAGAUUGGUGAACAAACCACAUACAAUUUAAAGGUGAUGUCCAAAAAUUGUCUUGGCCAUAAAACUACCCAUUAUGCUUUUGAUGCAUCCAACAGAGUUCGUCCCAAAGCCCCCUCUCUUUUCUCAGGAGGAAUAAAUGCUUCUGCCAUUGAAUUACAUUGGAAUGUAGACCUUAUCAAGGGAGUAUCACAUCUGUUAUGUGAAGUUAGCAAUUCUUCUGGUGAGGAAGAAGAACGGCACAACGUCACAGUGCCACACAGGCUGACCUUGGCGCAUCACAUGCACCUGACUGGGCUGCAGCCUUACACGGUCUAUUCGUUGAAAGUGUGCUGCUGUCCCGCUGACAGACCCUUCUAUAAAUGGAGUGAAUGGAGCAAUCCGUUAACUAUCCGGACAGAUGAAGCUGCCCCAUCUGGGCAGCUGGACGUUUGGAGGGACAUCAGCCCAGAUUUGAAGAAAAGGCUUGUGACUGUUUUCUGGAAGGCUUCGCCGCACUUUCGUGCUCAUGGAAAAAUCAAGACAUAUGAGAUUUUCUGGGAAAAGUUAGAAGAAUCUGUUGCAUCUGAUCAGUAUAAAUUUGUAAAUGAAACGAAGAACUACAAGACCAUUCCCCUUGAUGGUCAUUCUUACAAAAUUGGUGUCUCAGCAAGGAACUCUGUAGGCACAUCCACUCCCUCCGUGAUCAUCAUCUUAGCAGCUAAAGAGAACGCCAAAGUGAACUACAUUAAAGAAGACACGCUCAACAACACAGCGCAUCGUAUUUAUAUUUCUUGGAAGCCCCAACCCAAGUUUGAUGGCUACAUUGUUGACUGGUGCAAUCAGCCCCAGUCCCAUCCUUGUGAUUUUCAGUGGAAGAAAUUUGGGAGAAAUGACUCCAGUGCACUCAUUUUAUCGGAUGCUUUCUCUCCUGGGGUGAGAUACACUUUCAGAGUGUAUGGAACACAAGGUAACAGAAGCUAUUUACUGGAGGUGAAGACUAAAUACCUUAAAGAACUGGAGCCACCCUCACUGCUCGACAUUGAAACAUCUGACGUGACUUCCAAUUCAAUUACUCUAACUUGGAAAACUUAUCCUCAAGAUUUCCAAGCUGGAUUUAUCAGAGGUUAUGCAAUUUAUGUGACUAGAAAUUGCACAGUAGAGGGCUCUGUACAAGUUUCAUUUCCAGAUGGUCUAAUGGUAUGCAGAUACACAAUUAAAGAUCCACAUCAGAAUAGAUUUACUGUGGAACACCUGGAGCCCAGCACAGUUUACCAGUUUUCAGGUCUGGCUUACAGCACCAGUCCCCCAGAUAUAGCAGUUUUGAAUUCAUCAGUAACUACCAAAUUUAAAAGAGGAGAGAGGUUCAUGAGUACCCUUUUGACGCUACUGAUUGUACCACCAGUGCUGCUGAGUUGCUUGUGCCUCUGGAAAUGUGAUUGUGUGCGGAAGCGCUUGCUCCCUGACAUCCCUCAUCCUGAUGUGACUCUGUCUUCAAAGGGGAGUGGCAAACCGAUGGAUGUCAGCAGCUGUAUUCCUGACAAAAUGAUUGUGAUGGAGGUGCAGCACGGCUCUGUUGUCAAGCAGCCAGCGCCAGAAAUGACCAUCGUUGAAAACAGGCUGUAUGAGCCAACUUUUUGCCCAGGUCAACACAUGCCAAAGGCAAUAAGCAGGCUGCACCAACCGCACCAGGCAGCGUACAAGCCGCUCGAGAGCUUCUUCGGCAGCCUGCAACAAGAAGCAGAUCGGGACAACAGCAGUUGCCACUCUCCCCCCAAAAUGACGCUUCCUGUGAGGCAGGAAAGUUCCACAGCUAGUUCUGUUGAGCUAAGGCAGUGCACAACCUACAAACCCCAGCAGUACCCAGAGCUGCUGGCAAACCUACCCAUCUCUGAUGAAAAUGCAGCUUUGAUUGCUGCGCAGUAGCCUGAUCCUCUGCAGAGGAGGCGCUGCUAGGGAAAUGAUGCUGAGUAUAAGUUCACAAUGGGCGUUGUAAAUAGUGAAGUCAGACAAUACAUGGCCUGGCCAUGCCUUGCCUUGCUGCUUCCUUUUGUUCUUGGAAGGAGUGAACACAUGUCACAGUGAUAGAAUCUGAACAUUUACUAGGCAAAGGAAGAGGCACUGGCUGGGUUCAGACAACACUAUAACCCACUCGCAAGGGCAAAAUAUGUGUUGCGUGUGCAUUUUAUACAGAUUGUUGUAUUGUCUGAGCCCAGUUGUACUGAGCGCAUCAUGAACAGCCCACCAUUCAUAAUCAAACUACAGAGUGUGGUUUCCUUUCAUAGGUUAUUUAUGCUUAACAAAUUAUGAUUUGUUAGUAUGGCUGAAUUCAGCUGAAUUCAGAAAACAUGAUAACCUAUGUUUCAGCAACAACCCACAACUUAAUGACAAACCACAUUCAGCCCUCUGACAAGACUGACUGGGUUCAUAGGAUACAGCAACCCAUGAUGGGUAACUAGCCACAAUGGGUUGCCAUGUCAUCUGAACCCAAACUGCUUCCCUGCAGGAGGAUGUGUGCGCGUGCUCGGAUGAGAUUCCCAGGCGCGUACAGGAGAUGGAGGGCUCCAUCUCCGGUGGGAAUGGUGGCUCAGACUCGGAGGAGGGGGAGCGGAUAGCUGACCCAGCCGUGGCUCAGUUCUCACUCUGAUAUCGGAGGUGUCGAGACUCGCGAGGUCCCAGAGGCCCACACCCUCCCGGUGAGCCAGCCCGAGCCAGCUCUGGAUCAAGCGCUUCAAGGACAACCACUGAGUGCCCUCCCACUCCUGACUGUGGGAAAGAAGCCAAAGGAAGCUGGGCAGGGGUUCUCAGGAGGAGAACUUGACACCCCAGGAGACAUGGAUGUGCAGUCCCAUCGAUGCACUCGCUGCCUUGACCAGUGGGGAACUCAGUGGGAAGAGCAUUGGCCUGCCUGCUGCCAUAGCACGCCCCCCUCCAGAGACUGGCCCUGAAGGAUUCAUAAGCAGAGCUUUGACUGAAUAGGGUCAGAGCGGGAGGCCAACUUUCUAUCUGGAGUGCAUGUUUUGGAGUUUGUGAAUACCUUGUAGCUGUAUGGAAUAAAGACUCUCUUAAUAAUUA